AUGCGCACGAGGGGGUACAGGCGGGUGCACGAGCUUUUGCAGCUGGUGGCGGACAAUGGGGGGAAAGGGGAGGAGGCGGAGGGGGCGGAAGUGGUGGAUGGGCAGGGCGGGAGGGUGGAGAGCUGGUCGUUAGGCUCGGGGCCUGGUUCGUUAGGCUCGGGGCCAGGCUCGGCAAUGUCCAUGGCGCAACAGAAGGCGAAGGUGCUUCAGCAGCGGAUGCAGCAGAGGGGCCUUCUAUCCUCCGGUGAUAGUGACACUGACGGUGGUGACAGUAACGAAGGUGAAGGCUACAUCGCACCGGAAGUGGCCUGGCUGUUCCCGAGCCUGAAUCUCGACCUGAGCAAGCUGGACUCAGCCAGCGAAUCAGAGAGUGACGCUGGAGCGGAAGAGGAGGAGGGAGCGGAGGUGUGGGAAGGAAAGGGAAAGGUGGAGAGGGGUGGAGUGAGGGCGCAAGAAGGAGGGAUCAAGGAGGUAGAAAAGGAGCAUGAGGAGGAAGAGGCGGAGGAGGAGGAGGAGGAGGGAGGAGGAGGAGGAGGAGGAGGAGGAGGAGGAGGAGGAGGAGGAGGAGGAGGAGGAGGAGGAGGAGGGGGGGGAGGGGAGGAGGAUAGCUUCUGGAGGAGCAGAAUGUACGAUGGUAUGCCUGACGAUGCACGCUCGCAGUACCAGGAGGCUCGCGAGUCGUCGAUCAACCGGUCGGCCAUCCAGUCAAGCGACACGUUCCUCUCCUCGCCUGCUUACAACACGCCCCGCGCCCGGCCUCCCCCUCCCGCCCCCGUCACUCCUUACGAAGCUUCCUCGAACCUUUCAUACGAUUAUAGGUAUGAAUUGACAGAGGGAUGCUGA